CGCGUGGAAUUUCGAAUACACACGCGGCCGUCCACACUUAUCACUUUCGAUAAUAUGUCUUUGGAUUUGAAAACUGUUGAAACAUUUUAAGCCCAAUUCAUUGGCUUUCCUCGCUGGUAGCUCGCUUGUUUUUCCAUGAAGAAUAGCAUUUUCUUGCGGCAGCAAUAAUGUGCAGCAACUCUUCGCCUGUGUGGGAUCGUUUGGACGUGUAUCUGUUGUGGCAGUUAUUCAGAUAACCUGAAAAAGACUUUAUAAAGUCGGAAACUCACAAAAAAAAUGGAAAAGCCACAAACUUGUGUCGAAAGACCGCCUUCAAUAAAACUAAGCAAAUCUGCAAGCAACACCGUUUUGAGUAACCCAACAGAGUUAGCAAAGGUUAAAAUGAACUUGAGCAAAAGUUGCUUUGGUGUAAUGUCAAAUGACAAGAAACCACUGGACUUAGAUUUAACAAACCUGAAUUGGUUACAAAAUAAUAACUUACUGAAAGGAAUUCACAAUGGAGCAAAACGUGGCUGCUUGCCACCUCUGCAAGAUAUGGACCUAACAUUUAUACCAGGCACUCAAAUAAAUGGAGGUGGACCCAAACACGCAAGCUCACCAAAAAUGAACUUACCAAAUGCAAAAAACACUCCAAGGAAACCACCCUAUUCAUUUUCUUCAUUAAUUUUUAUGGCAAUUGAAGAUUCAAGCAAUAAAAAAUUACCUGUUAAAGACAUUUACAACUGGAUAACAGAAAGAUUCCCAUAUUUUCGGAAUGCACCAUUAGGAUGGAAAAAUUCAGUGCGACAUAAUUUGUCAUUAAACAAAUGUUUUAAGAAGGUUGACAAGGACAAGGGGCAGGCUAUGGGUAAAGGUUCACUUUGGUGCGUUGAUCCAGAGUAUAGACCAAAUCUUAUGCAAGCUUUAAGGAAAACACCAUCAUUUCAUCCAUACGGCGGCCAGUGGACCACACCACCUCCAUCACCACAGAGUUCCAAUGGAUCUGCCACUAAAGCUUUGGAAUCACAACUUCUACAAAGUAUAACACAAAGUGGUAGACAUACUCCAAAUGUUGAUCCAGAAGCAGAGGCUGAAGCUGCUGCAACAAUGUGUUUGAUGGGUGGAGCAUCUGAUAUUGAUAGAAAUCCAUCAAAAACAAAAUUAAAAAAGGGAUAUAAAAGUUCCUUUUCUGAUCUGCUCUCUGUUGCAGCCUCAUUAGAAAAAGCUCAAAGACAAAGCAAAGGAAAACAAAGAAGAAUAUCAGACAGGAUUUCACCAAGUUCCUCGAUGGAUAGUGAAUACGAAUUUGAUCGUUCAGAUACAGAAGAUGAGGAUCAUGAGAACGAGGCUAUGGAGACGUUGAUCAAGAAAGAUGCACUGGAAGAUAGUGGUUAUGGUGAAAAAACUGCACGACCCAAUGGUGGGAAUCAAGAUGAUGAUAUAGUUGGUGCUGAUGCACUACUAGAACUAGCGAGCAAAGCCUGUAUAAUGAAACCUCUGUCUGUUGCGAGCAGCGAGGCAAGCGAUAGCUCGUGAGUAUAUCAUAGCGAGUAAUAGUUUCCGAGAAUUUAAAUGCCAGUAACUUAUUGGUUGAUAUGGGCUGACGUCGACGCAAGCGAUAGAAUCGGAUUGGUUAAUAUUGACUGGCAUCCAGUCUCCUUUCUACACCUCCAGCAUGCAGAUCCUCUUUUUUCUCAAGUCGAUUAGGACAUUUUAAAGCCUGGUGAUCCAAAUAAUCGUUUACAACAGGAUGCUGUGUUUUAAAUCCACAAGAUGGCCAGUUCAUCGAAUUUUAAACGAUAAUCUCACGCUGUUUUUAAUAAGAAGCAUCCCAAAAUGCUGGAUUAGUUGUGGGACUAGUUGGAUUUUUAGACAUUCACCUUUUUUCCUUCGAUCCUGUGGCCUCGAUUUCUUGUUUUCUACACCAUGCCAUUAAAAAAGUACGAGGCUUAGACCAUGCCGUACGGGCAGGGGUGGGGCAGCCGCACCCCCCCCCCCCCCCCAGGAGAAACAUUCUUCAUGGUGAAACAUGAACACGAAGCGAUAGGGUCGGAGAAAUUAGUAGGUUGGGUCUUCUGAGAAUUGGUUUUAGUACUUUACUAAUUUUUCUACGUUUGCAAUAUACUAUGUGAAUUUAACUGAAGAAAUCAAUAUAUUAUAUAUAACAUGAAGUAAAAUUAACAAUAUUUAAUAAAACUGAAAUUUCUUAAUGAAAUGACCUUUGUUCUUAACGUAAAAUGUUUGUAAAUGUAUAAAAGUGUCGUUGUAUUUAUCACAAAACAAUUCUAAUAAAUUUGUCGAUUUGUGUA